UUGUGUAGCCUACCUCACUCUGCUCUGCGCAUCAUUGAAGGGGAGUUUGGCCGCUGCUUUCCUCGGUCAGUCUCACCGCCUGGCUGGUUAAUAACAACACUUCCGCACCUGGGUUACUCCAUCUCUUGUUUUAGCGUGUGUGUCCGACACCAGUCGUUGAAGACGAACGCCUCGCCCCCACCACCCCGCGUUAGAUGAAACGCAGGUGGUUACCAGGCGCGUUUAUCUUCUCAUAAUUGGGAAACAACGCACAGAGAGGGGAAACGUUGGAGGACUAAAACACAGCCAGCCGUGAUUCUCGGGCGCACCGCACCGUGCAUCAUGAGGCUACAGCCACCGACAACAAGGGAGGACCUGGCAUAGGCAUCUCUGGCUAGAUGAAGUGGUUCAGCCAUGCAAUGUUCCUGGAAGUCAGUGAUUCUGCUGGCCUUGGCCUCUAUAGCCAUCCAGUACACAGCCAUACGGACACUCACCUCCAAGCCUUUCCAGCUGUGCCCGUUGCCCAACCCUCAGAACUGUGGUCUCGGGGCUCAGGAGACAGAUCCUUCCUUUGAGCGGGGAACAGCAGGUGGGGCAGGCUGUGAUGACUACCCUUACUUUUCUAUCAAUACCACUCGUAAACUUCACAUACUGGUCUUAGCCACCACACGCAGUGGCUCCUCCUUUGUUGGCCAGCUGCUGAACCAGCACCAGGAGAUAUUUUACCUGUUUGAACCUCUGUAUCAUGUUUAUGCCACGUUGGUCCCACGUCAGUCACACACCCGUAACCCUACAGACCGCCGUGUGACGUUAGGUGCCAGUCGAGAUCUCUUGCGCAGCCUGUAUGGUUGUGAUCUGUAUUUCCUAGAGAAUUAUAUAAAACCGACGCCCACAAACCACACUACGGACAAACUGUUCCGUCGUGGUGCCAGCCGGGCGUUGUGCCAGCAACCUGCCUGUGAUGCCUUUGGUCCAGGGGAUGUUAAUGUGGAAGAAGGAGACUGUGUGAAGAAAUGCUCAACGUUAAACAUGACUUUAGCAACAGAGGCAUGUCAUGAAAAGAAGCAUGUAGCGAUCAAAGUUGUGCGGGUGCCCGAAAUUGGAGAUCUGCGGGCUCUGGUUGAAGACCCCCGUCUGAAUAUCAAAGUCAUUCAGCUUGUGAGAGACCCGCGUGGUAUCCUGUCAUCGCGGAUCGAGACAUUCAGGGACCCAUACCGUUUGUGGCGGAUUUGGAGGGCCACAGGGAGGAGGCCCUAUAAUCUAGAUUUGAAUCAGCUCACAGUUAUCUGUGAGGACUUCUUUGGUUCAGUUUCAACUGGUCUUAGUCAUCCCCACUGGCUGAAAGGGAAAUACAUGUUGGUUCGAUAUGAGGAUUUGGCUCGAAAUCCACUUCUAAAGACUCAGGAGAUCUAUUACUUUCUUGGGCUGCAUAUGGAUAAAAAUGUGAAACACUGGAUACGUGCAAAUACUCGAGGAAGCAAUGAACCUUCGGCAAAACACAAGUUUGGAACCGUGAGGGACUCGGCAGCCAACGCAGAGAGUUGGCGUUUGAAACUGUCUUACGACAUUGUAGAAUUCACACAAACCAUGUGUCAAAAAGUACUGAAGCAGCUGGGAUACAAGGCUGUUAAAUCAGUAGAGGAACUCAAAAAUUUGUCCUUCUCUCUAGUACAGGACAAAACCUUUGUACCUUUUUUGUAACAAAGAUAAUUCUCUAAUAACUAUUUUUGAUAUAUUUAUAUUGUUGCCUUAUAAGUUCCUCAGUUUGUUUCAUUUCUGAUGUGAUUUUGUUCCAUGAAAUUUGCACUAAAUCUUAAAGAUGUUUGAAUGCACCAAGGUAGUAUUGUUAAGUCCCCAGUGAUACACAACCACACAUUUUAAACUCAUCGAACAAGCUACUUUGCAAAAUUCUAAAUACUUUUUUCACCACUGGAAUAAUUUCAGGCACUGCCUCCAUUACUUUCCUAUAUGAAAAAAAUUCAAUUUGAGCAAAAGUGUAACAUUUGUACGUUGAACACAUGGGAAUCAGGAAGGACUCCGUAAGGCAUACAAGUUUCUUUUAAGACCUGUUAUGGCAAACUUUACCUGUACAAGCUCUACUGUGCAAUAAAUAGUGAAUAGUGUCGCAGUCAACCUUUAUCACUGUGGCAUUUUUAUCCAUGUCGGAGCAGGAGUGAUACCUCUGACAGAUGCCAUGCUUGCAAAGGAUAAUUGUAGACAAUUAAUAGGCUCUCAAGUGAAAGGGACCGAAUCCCAUUGGAGGUCACUAACAUCUCAUCAGAUGGAUUUUACAUCCAUCUGUGAUAGACAAACACAAAUGGGAGGUAAUUCUAAAAUGAUAGAAUGCAUGCUUUUAACACGAUUAUAACAUUAAAGAUGAAUGUAGACAAUAAAUCUUCUAAUACAAGUAGAAUUUUAAGAAUAUAAUAAAGAGCCAUUGAUUAGUUUUAUUGUAUUUAUAAUUUUGUUAAAUCUAAUUAACAUCUUUUUUCUGCCAGUGAUUACAGUAUUUGUAAGUCUAAUAUCUGUUUGUGGGUUUAGCUACUCAGUGGAAAACUAUUUAAUUUCCUUUUUUUAUGUCACAUUAUUAGCAGGGGUUACAUAACAACUGAUACAGCAGAGCAAAUAGACCAUAUGCAUUAUUUUUCAACCAAAAAGCACAGCUAUUUUGACACUAUGUUGCUUUUGUGUUUAUCUCACAGAUAAAAGAUUCAAACCUCUGAGAGACAGGUCUUUGUAGAGCAGGUUGCACAGCACAUUCAAGUAUUUCUAGGAUGUGUGCUUAACUAACACUGUAUAACACAGCCACCUUUCCAAAGAUACAUCUACAUUAGAUCAUGCACAAAGAGUAUUACUCUGAUGGCUGUCCAUAAUCUGGGACAAAUCCUUUGAUCAUUAGUGCAGCUGGUAUGCUGUUUUAACCAAGCCGUGUUAAUGGAUGAAUUUCAAGGCUGAAAUACAGGACACGUCAGUUAUAUAAAUGAAUGUGUCAGUCUUUCCUCCAGCUUGUUGAGAUAAUACUAAACAUUCGCGACAGUAGCCUAAGCAUUUGGAAAAUUUAAGGUAAAUUCUAAAUGUUUCUGAAGAAAAACAAACACCAAAUUCCAGCUUUAACUGCAUUCCUAAACUCAAGAACAAAAAUGGAUAAAAUAGUUGGCUCAGGGGUUUCAUUUAAAUUAAAAUAUAGUGUAAGCUGCUGGGUGUUGAUGGAGUCUGCUGUCGUUAUUGCUGCAAAAUAUACAGUUCGUUUCUCCAACUGGCAAAAGUCUCUGUGCUUGGUUGCACAGUAAAUUUGCAUUUUAAGUCAUGUUAUUUUAGCAGUGGCUUGUUUGGGAAAUUGCUUUACCAGUUAGCGGUCAUUUCAUGCUGCACAUUGUACUUCAUAAUCUACUGUAGAGGCUUAAAAUCUAUGGUGGUUCACACUGCAUUGCACAGAAGCUGGCAAGAAUACGAGCACAAUGUAUGAAGCUACACCUGUAAAAUGUAAAAUAAAGACAUUUUAGUGUGAUAUUGGUGAAGGAUUGCAUAAUUAGAAACUUUGAUGUGUAUAUGCUACGCAGAAAAAGAAAGCAGGUUAUUUUAGGGCAGGAGCAGAAUUAAUUGAUUGUCAGGUUUUUUUGGCAUUUUUUCAGAAUGCCAGUGAUACUUGCAUGUUUCUGAAAGGUAGAAAAGCUAUUUUAGCAUUAAUUAGACGUUUAAAAAAUACCUUUGUAGAAAACUAACAUUCAAUUCAACACCAAAAAAGACAUUUUAACCUUUUUUUGCUUUUAAAAGCUUAUGUUUAGAGUCAUGCAUUGUGCAACGUUCCAGUCCAGAUGUCUAUUUAUUUGCACACAAUGACACUUGUUUACCCAGAAGAUAUAAACUCUGUAAAUGGAGCAUCACACGCCCAAGCUCAUCAGUAUUGGUGACCGGAUGUCCAUUGAGAUGCAGAGCACAAACCUUUGAUCCUCCUCUGUUCUGAGACUGGAGGCAAACUCUCCCUCUUUCUCUCUUCCUGCGGAUUCUCUGCCAUCUAUUUCUUUCUUUCCGGCUUUUUUUACAGACAUCUUAGGGGAUUGUUCCUGUGCUUCAGUGCUCUCUCUGUGUUGUUUUAAACUUUACCUUGGAAGUUUCAGAAUUUGUUUGUAAUAGUUUUAAUUUCAUACUUAAAAAGAGGAUGCAGAGAUGAAAAAUUGUGUACUUUUCUUUUAAGCAGUAGGGGAAUGUACUGACAAUGAUGGAAACAAUCUUUUCAUCAGGGAGUAAGAUAAGUGGACUAAUAAAAGUGCUAAUUUUCUACAAACAUUUAGCUCUAGUUUGCUUUCAUGCACUCAUUAAUGUUUCACCGUUUUCUAACCUAUCAAGGAUUUUAGCAUUAAUUUUCACUCAAAACAAGUUCUAAUUUUGUAUUUGGUUUGACAUAAAUUGGAUUAUCCACCUACUUAUUGACAACAAUAAACAGAAAAAAACACAUUUACAAUAGCUCCUAAAUUACAAAAAUAAAUAAAUAAAAACAUUUGCACAGUUUUAAACAAUUUGUAGUGUCAACUACUGAGUGUUUAAACUGAUUUAAAAAUGCAUAGGCAAAAUUUAAUUUUUGGAAGCUCUUUUUAUGCAUUCAUUUGCACGAUUACCUGUGCUUAAUAUAGAUUAAAGUAAACUGACAUCAUUGGAGAAGCAAUAUAAAGAUGAACAGGUAAAAGUUAGAUGUUAACAGUUAAAUCGCAGAGCUGCUUUCCUGCACAUGGCUGACCUCCACACACACACGGUCUGCAGCACGCUUCCAAUGUGCUGGUGUGUUUUUGCGUCUCAGAGCUUUUACUGAACCCUCACGUUGUUUUUUGUAUCCCAGGGCUGAACAUAUGGUUCACAUGCUACUGGGAAAAAUGACAGAAAAUCCCUUUUUCUCCCUCAAUGUUUUAUUCUUCUCCCCCCUUAAUGUGACUACAAUAAUUUGACCCCGUGACUGCACAGCAGAGCAGAGACAUAUCUGCUUCUCUGCACCCAGUGUUUUCUAAACUGCUUUCAGAAAACAUCCUUGUCUGGUUAUUACAUACAAGUGAAGCAAGAUAAUAUUAAGUGCGCAGAAGUUGCUGUUAGUGAUGAUGUUAACCUUUGGUGUUUUCCAAUGAAAUUCUGCUGCCUACGCAUUUUUUUCUUUUGUCUGUGUAUGUCUGUGAGUGUGUCUGUGUGACUUGUUUUGUGGGGUCACUUAGCAGGAAACAGUCUUGGUGCAAAGUAAAAAGAUCACUGGACUGCACAAAUCAGCCAAAUGGGGCUGCCUACACAUGUCACUGUUGCUGAGGCAGAUGUACAUUUUUGUGCUAGGACAAGUACACAUCAACCCUGGAAUAUCAACAGAUCACCUUUCUGUAAAUUAUUGUUGAUGGUUUUCAACUCUGCUCAUGAACAGCCCUAGAUGCAGUUUGCAAAUGUGACUGCUCAAUUUUUCAUUUUUAACGUUAGGACUGACUUAAGCAGAGCCAUGGAAAGUAUUCAUUUAAAAAAUCAUAGGAACUUUUUAUUCAGCUUUUCUGCACAGGCUGUCAACCAAGCUCUGGUUUGAUUGCUGGUGAAAUGACAGUGGGGGGUUGGCAAGCAGGGCUUUGCUAAAAAUGAUACAAGCAGUUUAAUUAAACCUGUCAGCAGGUCAGCGCAAUAGAGGCAUAGCAACCAGGUCAUUAUGUAGUAAGAGAUCCAGAACACCAUUUUGGGUAUAAUGGGCUGCACUACUUUUGAAUAAAACAAAAGAGGAAGAAAAAAUACUUCCUGUAGUAAUCAAACUGGAACCACUAGUCCUGUUGAUAAAAAAAAAAUAUUUAAAUUUAUCUAAAAUGCUAUCAUAAAAUAGCCCUUUUAAAAUGAGCUAACUUUAACUCAAAGAUUAUUUGGAUUUUGUCAGUGUGUUGUUUCUGGACACAUUUAAUGUUGCACGAAGCAUGCUCUUGGAAGUAUUUCAAAGCCUGAAGAUGCUAUAAAGUAUCGUUUCUUGUAAUAUAUUCAUUGAAUAAAUACUUUUUGUGCUAACCUAUUUUUUCAUACUAAAGGUUUAAUAAAUGAAAGCAGUGA